CUAGAACUGGGGGCCCCCCCGCGAGGCUCAGUCUCGGAAAAAUGGCGUUAGCGGACACGGCAGGAGCCUCUCAUGCGGCGGGCGGUGGUGGUGUGGGAGCCCAACCUCUUGUAUUCGAUCAUGUGGCGCCGGCAACGCGACUGCUGGUCGAUUGACCACGCUAACACGAGAAUACCAGUGCUUUCACUGAUUGUGGUGUGUGCAGGAGAAGAGGCGUCAGAUGUAUGAGGUUCAGGACGCCCUUGAGCAGCAGAAGGCCAAAUACGCCGAGAAGGAGGAGCACUUCAGGAAGAAGGAGGAGCAGCUGAGGGCCAAGGACCUCCAGCUGCAGCACCAGCUGAUCCGUUUCAACAAAUUUCUGCAGGUCGGCGAAUAAACGCACGUUUCCGUAGGAAUGCAUUCAUGGCCUUCUGGCUGUCGUGCAGGACAAUGAGGCCAAGAGGCGGCGUGCUGAGACAAGGGCAACAGAGGAGAGGUCACAGAUCAAACAGAAAGAGGUGAGACAGCUCAUCGGGGAGGCCGUAUUCACGCACGUCUUCUUUCGUGUGCCGCAGGAGGAGAUCGCCGAGUUGGAAGAUCAGCUUGAAACCGGCCGCAAGCAGCUACAGGACCUGGAGGAACAAGUCAAGAAAAGUGCGUGCCAAAGACGCGGCGAACAAUUUUGGUCAUCCGUACGGUGUCUGCCCCCUCUCAUCAGACAUGAAAUACGAGGAGUUUCUUGAGCAGGUGAAGAUCGAUAACGAUGAGUUCGCUGAGAUCACGGACCUUCUAACACGAUAUGACACGCUUGACAAUGCCAACCAAGAUCUACUUGACAGCCAGGUGUGGUCGACAUCCACUGGGGAUUUAUCACCUUCGUCGGAUAUAUGCCUCAGGGUGUGUUGAUAGAGAAGAAUGAGGAUGUGCGCAGCCAGUUUCAGACAUACAAGAAAGACACGGCCAACCAAAUCCUGGUGAGAAGGAGAAGCCUGAGACAGUGAUCGAUCGACGACCAUGUCUCUACGUGUGCCAAUGUCAGGCCUACAACAACCGCAUAGCUGCCCUGCAGCGUGACAUUGAAGACCUGCAUAAGAGAAGAGGCCACCUCCAGCACCUUGUCAGUGGAACGUAGAGAGCUCCAUCAAAUGGAUCGACGACGGAGACAUGUCUCUUUGCCCUUUGUUCAGGCUGACGAGGCCGUCCAGUCCGACUCGCAGCAGUCGCUGCACGUCGGGCAGAUACUCACGUAAACCAAGAACAAGGCAUCAUUCACCCACGUAUGGACGUUUCUUUUCCCCUUGUGUGUGUGUGUCCGUUCCAGCUCAGUGGAGAAUCUGUUUGAGCGUUGUGUGAGCAAGCGCCCCGCCAUCCAGCACGCCAACGAGCUGGAGGGGCUGCAGCUCCAACUAAAUCUCACCGGGUAGGUUGGACAGAAAUCCCCAAGAGCCCAUAUGCACUGCUGCUGUUCAUGUCUUCCUUGAUCAGUCGUGGUGACGCCAAGGGCGGUGAGAGUGCUGGUGGCGCUGGUGCGACCAGUGCUGGCAGCAUGAGUGGGGACGAGUCGUCGGACAGAGCUAAGGGAUCGUCCAAGAAGGGGGACGAGGGGGGCGAGAGUGAAGACGAUAUCACACAGAGACAGGCUAAGGUGAUUGAGAAAAAGAACACACACCAUGUCGCCCUCCCUUCUCUUAUUCUCACUCUGAAUGCAUUGACGGACAGAAUGCCAUCAAGCAGCUGCACGUUAUCAAGGCCUACAUUGUUGACUUCAUGCACAUAUGCAAGGCACGCAACACUCAGGAGACGGCUCCCCUUUAUCGCCAUCCUUUGAGGUGUCUCCAUCUGUGUCUGUCCGCAGGAGCUGACAGCAGCCCGGAAGGGCACCGGGCGGCCGACGAUGCUGCCUCUUGCCAUUGAUGAGGGCAAGCAGGACAAGGUGGAGUUCCUGUUGUUCAAAGACCUACACAGAAUGCACGACACUGGCGGGAGUCAACAUUCUUACUCGAGAGUGCAUGGCAGAAGUGCCACCGAAUCUGGUGAGAGCAUUUUGCGACACCACAGACACCACAGGUGUACGUGUAAUGAUUGUAUGUUGUGUGUUGUGUGUUGUGUUGUGUUGCAGCGUCGUCCAUUGUGAGCCCCACCUUGAGCAAGUCGAUUCUGUCGCAGCAGAGAUGAGGGAUAUGGUGGGUGGCGUGGGAGGGUCAGGGGUGGGAGGUUCUUUGCUGCACGGGCUGGAUAAGGAUGAGAUCCGUCUCUGUCGAACGGCGUGUGAACCCAUCCAUGGUGUUUCAUUCAUGUCUGUGCUCUUUCCUGUGGCUCACUUCGUACCUUCGUGCGUGAAUCUACGGAAGCGGGAGGUGUGCGUAAUUCCUCGCACUCGGUUACGGCACGUGUUACGGCCGCUCUUCCUGAUUCGUGCGCAAGAUUGUUGACGUGUGGGGAACAAUUUGUUAACCGCCCACCCACUACCCGCUGCUGUCAGUUUGUUGUGCACAGCAUCACUGAAUGGGACAGGGCGGCUCAUUGGGGUGCACUUCUGUGUGGGUGGGUGGGUGACUGUGAAU